CCCGAAAACGGAUCGGGUUAAACAGUUCUUCGAGCAGAUACGAAACUACCAAAAUGAAAUUGUUUGUGUUUGUACUUUGCGUGAUGGUCCUGUUUUUGGGAGAAAAUCAGGCUCAAGCUCAGGGUCAGGGCUACGCCAGUGGUGGCGGUAACGCCGGAGGCAGUGCAGGGGGCAGCGCUGGAGGUCAAGCCGGUGUUGGCGGUGGAUUUGGGUUUGGUUUCGAUGUCGGAGGUGGGGCGGGGGCGGGCGGAAACGCGGGGGCUGGAGGCGGCGCUGGUAAAAAAUAAAUAAAACUCCGAUAGCGGAAUGGGCAGUAU